AUGGCCUUCUUAAGACAUGAAGAUUUAGAUUCUACUUUUGUUGUAACCAGCUUGGAUUCCGAUCGCAAUCCCUCUAGGAUCGCCAAUACGGACAUAAGUUUCGAAAAAGAUUGGAUCAACAAGACCGUUGAAAGCGAAAUAUGGCUCGGUAAUAAACUGCGUGAAAAAAAACCAGUAUCAAAAUCAAAAUAUUAUGAACAGAGUGUGGCCAAUAUCGAUUUUUUAGGAUCGUUUGCGAAGCAAUGUGAAGAAAAGUUGAGGAAAAAUAAAUACUCUAAAAACAAGAAGAAUGCAACUUCGCCAAACUCAAAAUCGCCUCAAUGGAGGCGACCGAAGGCAGCUGGCACCAGUUAUUCAACAGCCACUGCUUAUUCAGUAGCGCACAAAUAUUGCAUUCCUAGUAGUCCACGUGGUAGACCCAAAACUUCCAAAUACAAAAACUGCCCGAUGAGAAUAGCGGAGCUAGCUAUGCCAACCAAGCGGCAAUGUAUUGACACUUGGAGAAACAAAUCUGAUUUAUUACCGGGGUUUAUGAUUACAAUUUGGAUAACUAGUAUUUUAGAAGAUUUAUCUCUAAAGCUUCUAGAAGAAGAUUUGAGAGAGCUAGAAGAAGAAGAAGGCCCCGCGCUGGACUUUAUUGACGAUUUAUUUGAUAAAGUUAUAGGUAUAUGCGAACCCCAGCCAGUGCUGGCAGAGUCAGCAUCCGGAGAGUCGGUAUCAGAAAAAUCACGAGAAUCUGGUGAAUCACAAGAAUCAAAUGAAACAGAAAAAUCAGAAGAAUCAGAAACAGCAAAACUUGAAGAAUUGGCAGGCCAAUCAAAUCAAUCUUUGACACCGGUCGAUUCCAACUUACGUAUGGAAAAAUUAGAAGAAACACCCAAUACUGUAGAAGCUGAUAAUUUAUCUGAUGAACAAUAUUUUCGAAAAGAAAUACAAAACGUAAUGAACAGCAUUCAGUUUGAUCCUGAAGAUUAUUUCAAAAAUGAAAUUUCUAAUAUUAUAGACAACAUAGACAAAGAAUCCGAAAAUUAUAAAAGUAACGGUCCAGAAGACAUCGCUGAUAAAUACAUUGGUGUAAUUGCAACGCAAUUAGGAAUUAAAAACAAUAUUAACAAAGCAGAUACUAUAACUGAUAGCAUUAUCAAUUUAAAAGGAACCAAUAAAAUGGCAGAACUACCUCUAAAAACCGAAUAUGUCGAAAAAUAUAAAGACGAAGAAGAAACUUUUGAUAAACUGAACAUUGAUGAAAAUGCCGAUGAACAUAUCGACGGUCAAAAUAAUGAUAAACGUAUUGCCAUGUACACGGGUCGAAAUGUAGAUGAACUUAUUGAGGCUCCAAAUGUCGAUGAUGAGAAUGUUGACCAACAUGCUGAUCAUGUCGAUGAAUUAGGACAAAAUUAUUCAAAUGUGAAUGAACGUUCUGAAAUUUUACUUGAAGAAAGUGAUGACGAAAUGGACAGCAAAAAUGUAAAACUUUCUCAUCAAGACUUGGGUGAUGCAGAUGAGUCUUGGCCUGAUAAUUUAGACGCUAAAUUAAAAGUCAGUGAUAUGUACGUACACAAAUUAACUACAUCCCUAAAAGAUAUUAUGGAAAUGGACGAAUCGCAAAAAUCUCCACGAAAAAGCGUGACCCCGGAAAAACCAGAAGUACCUAUUUCUAAACAGGAAGUCGAAAUUUUUGAUUAUAAAUUCAAGGAUUUAGCGAAUACAGAGGAGUAUGAAACAGAUUUACAAUCAUUUGAGUCGGCUAAAGAGAACAGAGAAAUCACCACGGUUGAACCUAUACAAAUCUAUACCAAGACGCUGGACAGAAAAAGCGAUAAGUCUGUUCCUGUUGUAGAAGAAUCCGACAGUAAAUUAACCCGUGAUUCAGAAAAUUUUCGGCUCGAUUACACUGAAUCGGAAAUUAUAAGUACUGAAAGCUCCUUCAGUGGAAAAGGCUACAAAAGGGCUAAUAGAACAAGUAACAGAAAACCAUCUUACCAAAAAUCUUCUUCGCUCUCUGAUUGUGGUUGGCGAGUAAAACUCAGUACAGCACCCUCCUGGGUGAGAUCGUUUGGUCACGGCGAGCCGAGCGACGAAUGUUUAUAUAAGGAAAUAAUGCCAACUCGUGUAACGGAAGCCGAUAUGCGCAAAUGGUGCAACGAUUUGGAAAAAGCCUAUGCAAAUUUAGAAAUGUGGGGUCAAUGGAUACAUAGCUCAUGCAAAGAAACUAUUUGCUUAUUGAAACAAAAAAGUGGGUAA